AUGGUUGCCAUUCUUGGCGUCACCAUCGACUCCAACACCAACCGUCUUCUCGCCAUUCUCCAUGCCUUUGAACCACAACCCCCCUUCAAUGCUCUCGCCGCCUACGACCUGACCUCCGGCGACCGCCUCUUCCUCACAUCCCUCACUAACUCCAUGGUUUCCGGCCGCCGACCGAUAGCUAUUGAUGUUGCCGUUGACCAUGCCGGCAAUGCUUACGUCACCAACCCUACUGGCAACUUCAUCUGGAAAGUUGAAGCCACAGGAAAACCAUCUGUCUUGUCCAUGUCAGCAAUCUUCUUGUCUCAACACGUUUACACUAGGCAACCCUACAGCUUUAGUGGCCUUAGUGGGAUUGCUUACGUCAGCAAGGGUUGUCUAUUGGUGGUUCAGACUAACACUGGAAAAUUGUUUAAGGUCGAAAUUGACGAUGGAACCGCGAGGGUGGUGAGGUUGACGGAGGAUUUGACGGCGGCUGACCGGAUUGCCGUUAGAAAUGACGGAGUUGUGGUUGUGAUGUCUAAAAAGAAGGUGUGGUUCCUGAAGAGCAAGGAUGGUUGGAAUGAAGCAGUGGUUUAUGACGAAAUUGCCCUUGAUGCUGAUAAGCUCCCAACUUCGAUUGCUAUUAGAGAGGAGAAAAGGACUUAUGUGUUAUAUAGAAGAGUGAGGAAGGGUAGUUUGGGAAGCUUGGAAAGGGGGGAGUUUAGCAUAGAGGAGAUUAUUGGGUCCGGUAAGGGGAAGAAAGAGGAUGUUGUGGGAAAAAGAAUGUUGUCUGGUCAAUGA